UUAGUCCUGAGAAGAGAGAACUUUUUUUUAUUUCUUUUGAGGAAAUUGUCUUAUAAUGUGUUCACUGGUAUAGUGGUGAUAUUAAUGCUUUAUUGUUGUGUUAAUGAAGAAAGUUUGUUAGUGCUUGAAAAUUUCCAGAUUUUCCAACUCUGAACAUUAAUUUGAUAGGAAACAGUGAGACUGGGAAACAUUCAAGACUAACUUGUUAUUAUGCAUAACUUUAUAACUGUGUUUUGUGUGCUGGAUAUUAUAUAAUCACUAGCUUUGUGGAUCUCUAAAAUACAAAAAAGGACUAUACUUGGUUUGGCAUCAUGAGUGGUGACGUUAUUCGGGAUGCGCUUUCUGUUAUGGCAGAAACUAGCCAGGUUACUGGAUACCGCCUUCGAUUACGAAUGCAGCACAUCCUGAAAGAUGUGGCUCAGUUGGCUUAUGAACGACCACAAUUUUUUGCUGAUGUCCCACCCCCACCUUUACUUGUAAAUGAUGGGCCGCCACCCAUGCGUCCAAUGCCUCCGGGUCCACCCCCUGGCACAACAAUGGCCACUCCAUCAUCCACAAGCCAGGGACCAUCCAGCAUGUCAAUGGGUGGUAUGAUGGCCCCACCUCCUCCACCAGGACCUACAGGGCCCCCUGGUCCACCUCCGCCUCCACCUCCAGGACCAGUUAUGCCUGCAGACUACCCCACUGGUGUAGCAGCAGGAAUGAUGGCACAUGGACCCAUGGGAAUGGGACCAGGAAUGGGACCUGGCAUGGGCCCUGGAAUGAUAGGGCCCAUGCAGUUAAACGUAAAUCCUGCCACAAAUGACGCUCCUUUAGAAUUUAAUACAAAUAAGAACAAACCACCAAUGCCAGUAGCCACAAGCAACAGUGACUUAGAGGAAGGUAAAUGCAUGUCAGACCCUCCUAAAGUGGAAGAGAGACGUGACAGAGAUCGUGACAGAGAUCGUGACAGGGAUCGAGAACGGGAUCAUGGCAGAGACCGAGAACGAGACAGAGCUCGCUCCAGAGGAAGAGACAGAGACCGGGACAGGGAUAGAGACAGAGAUCGGGAUCGAGAUAGAGACAGAGACAGGGAAAGGCAAGAGCGUGAAAGAGACCGUGAACGUGGGAGAGAGAGGCCUCGUAAAGAUAGUGCUAAUAAUGGAAGAAACAGCGUUGAGGCAUGUAGCCUGUCAUCAGGGAAUGGUAAUACUCCUGUACAAGCAAUGGAUGGAAAUCAGUCAAGUUCAAGUUUUGGUCCUAUGGGCCCUGGACCUGGUCCCUGGGGUCCUAUGUGGGGCCCUACAGGUGGUCCAAUGGGUCCCAUGGGACCAAUGGGAGGACCGAUGGGCCCAAUGGGACCAAUGGGAGGCCCUAUGGGCCCUAUGGGGCCAAUGGGCCCAAUGGGUCCAAUGGGACCUCCUGGAGAAGGACCACCAAUGAGUGGUGACUUUCGUAUUACUUGGGGAAUGUUUGGCUGGAUGAUGUCUCCAGAAGGUUUGACAGUCCCCAUAAAAAAUCCAUUACACUGUAAGACAUGUGUUCUUGUCCCUCCAAAUCGAUUGGCCCCACCACCAACCACGAGAGAACGUCCUCUUGGGUGUAGAACAAUUUUUGUUGGGGGACUUCCAGAAAAUGUUACAGAGGAGAUUGUGCGAGAUGUGUAUGAACGCUGUGGAGAAAUUACAACAAUAAGGCUUAGCAAGAAAAACUUCUGCCAUAUACGAUAUGAAUUGGAAGAAUUUGUUGACAAUGCCAUAUUCUUGUCGGGUUACAGAAUGCGGAUUAAUAAUAGUACAGAUGCAGCUAACACAGGGCGUCUUCAUGUUGAUUAUGCUCAAGCUAGAGAUGAUCAAUAUGAGUGGGAAUGUCGACAGAGACAGCUCCAGAGGGAACAGCGCCAUAGGGAAAGAAUUGAGCAAGAGAGAUUACGGCCACCAUCUCCUCCACCUGUUGUUCAUUAUUCUGAACAUGAGGCAACGUUAAUAGCAGAGCAACUAAAAGGUGAUGAUACGUUCUCUAAGGCAGCACAGAUACUCAUCACUUGGCUUGAACGUGGUGACUGUAACAAGAGGAAUGCAGGCACUUUCUAUAGCAUGAUCCAGUCCACUAAUUCGCACGUUCGCCGACUCAUGACAGAAAAAGGCCAGUAUGAAGAAGAACUGGCAAAAUUCCGGGAACAAACACGAGCUCGUAUGCAGGGUGUUGUCAUGCAGUUCGGUCAGAUCGAGCGUGUCUUCGUGUCAGCCGGUCACCAAAAGGUCUGGGACCACUUCACCAAAGCCCAGAGGCGCAACAUUGAGAUGUGGAAGAAACAGGCUGAGGAGAUAAAAGAGAUACAACUGGAUGAGUCGGACAAAGAAGACACUGAAGAGAUGGAUGUCUCUGAUGAAGAUGAUAAUAUACAGCCUCCCAAGAAGAAGAGUAGGCAGCAUGAUUACCUAAAGGAGGAAAAUGAUAGUUUACGAUGUCAAAUGGAAGCGUAUAAGAAUGAAGUGGAUCUCAUCAAAGCUGAUCUCAAUUCUGAAAUAUCCAUACGAGAUGAUCAAAUAGAGGCAUUCAAGAAAACCCUGCAGGGAAUGCAACAGACACUAUCAGAGAAUGCUGCCAGAAAACGUCAAGAUGAUGCAAAGAUGGCAGAGUUGCAAGCCAAACUAAAGAAAUUGAAAGAACAGGGUGGUUUUGCUGAUGAUGAUGACAUCAAAGAAGAAUCAGAUGAACUGUCAGUGUCAGCACCACUGUCUGAUAAGACAGCUAGACUAAUUGGUUUAACUUCAACCUUCCUUCAUAUUCAUCCCAAAGGAGCAAGCGUGGACUAUAUUUGGUCUUUUAUUCAGCAGUUUGAUAAAGAUAUCCGUCCAUCUGAUAUUGAGACUAUGCUUAAUCAGUACCAAACUGUAUACAAACAGAUUACGACUGGUGUUGGUGCCUGCCUAGAAAGGAAAUGGGUCUUCACAGGAUUCGACUGUGAAAUAUAACCAUUUUACGUUAGGAUUUUCAUCACCAUGCCAUAGAUAUUGUUCUUGUUAACUUUAUCUCUUCCCAAAGUUAAUUUUUUAUAUAAGAUUUAAUUUUUUGUAGAAAGAAUUAGAAUCUUUAAAAUAUGAUGUUGAGAUAGGAUAACUUAAAAGUAAUUGCUACAUAUAACACCUCAGACCACUUAUGUGUGGAAUAUUUCCAUUACCCAACUCAGUGACACUAUCAUGCUGUUUUGUUUAGCAUGUUGAAAUAUGUUGUAUUUGGUUCAUUUCUCCAAUUGAUCAAUGUCAGUUACAUUUUAUCAUUGAAAUAGCUACUAAUAUUUUUAACUAAGUUUAGUAAGUCCUUGUACCAUUGAGGAAUUUGAAAACAAAUUUAAGAGAACGCAGAAAUGUUUGUUAAAGAUACAUUGUUCUUUUGAUUAAAACUUUCCCAAGUUUGCCCAUUGCCAGGUUAGUAUGAAAUGUUUCAAAAUAGCAUAAUGUUUACAAGAUAAAAAAAAAAAGAUUAUUGACAUAGGUGCUAAGUUGACCUGUUUGUUUCCAUAGUGUUUUUUGUCCCACUUUCAUAAACUAUAAACAAAUUUCUUGAAUUAGGUAGUGUUUUAAGUACAAAUCAUUGCUAUACAGUUACCUGGACAUAGGCAAUAUCAUAAAUGAGAACAGAUCAAUUUCCAUCUAAAAAGAUAUCAUUGCCAGUUAAAAAAGCAAGUUCACCCUGUAUGGGUCUUCUUUCAAAUGGAACUAUUUGCCAUGGAUCAGUUCAGUUUUUUUAGGUAGAUUAUAAGCCUUUGUUGUGAUCAGUUGUACUGUAUUUUUAUUGCAUUAACAGGUUUAAUUUAUGAUUUGUUACAGUGUGAAAAGUAGUUUUCAUCUUAAAUUUUAGUUUGCUUUAUUUUAUAAGUUCGCUAAUGCUAUUUGUGGUUGAUAAUUGCCUCCAAAUCCAUUGAAUUGCUUUCAGUUUUGUGAAAGUGUACGAGGUUGAGUACUAUGUUUGUGCCCCUGUCAUCCUUUGGACUAUUGAGAAACAUUACUGCCAAUUUGCAAUUGUUACCUUUGUGCUUUUAUUUAUUUAUAUAUUUUUUUUGUACAUUUAUUUCAUUCAUUGUAUUCAUGUUCCACUCCUUGUAAUAGUAGAAUUGCCUUUCCAUAAAUUCAUUUCCCUCUCAGUUCCAAUGCUCAGUUGUUAUUCUUCCUCCCUGGGAAAGUAAAAAUACAUACCAAAAGACAACAUUUGGCUGAGCACGUCAUAGAGUAGUACUAGUUGGUUCUCCAUGACAGACACUUCUAUACUUUAAAAAGUGGCUAUAAAAUUGGCACCCUUACAUGUGAGAUUGGGGUCUCUACAUCCUCCGAAAUUAUUUCUUGUGUUUGUUCUGAAAUUGAUCUAAAGGUUAAGACAUUUUCUACCAAACCAUAAUCAUUACUUAUAUGGCCAAACCUUGUAAAUGAAAAUAAUCACAACUGCAGUUUUGUCUAUGUGAUGAGUUAGUGGGUAAGGACGGACUCAGGUAUCAGACAUCUGAUUACCAUAAAGUUAAAAAGUCUUUGACCUUUUGAAUGGAGUAUUUUAUAUUCAUAUUGAAUUUAAGGAGUGAACAGUGAAAGGUGUAAAAAAAACAAUAGAAUAUUUGCUACUGUAUGUCUAUGAUGAUAAUGAAACAAGAUUUGUUGUUUUGCAAGGCAUUUGGUGGCUGCUCUCCUUUGCAGGUGAGAUGUUCAGCAUUAUAGAAGGCAGGCCAAAAGAUGUUCCUUUUUGGCUCUUUCAAGGGGAUCAUCGGUGAGGAGGGGAAACUAGCUUGCAGUCUCCAGUGGUACUGACCUAGGCCCACUUGCAAAGCUCUCAUUAAGUGGGAGGGUGGUGUGUAUUUGUGGAUUGUCAUUGCUUAUCACUUUUAUGGAGCAGGGGCAGAUGUUUCUGUCCCUUGCUAUUCUGAAAGACCAAAUUUUGACUACUAAUCCUGCUUAGGAGAGGCUGUUCAGUGUCCUCAAGUGGUUGUCUUGCGUAUGGAGAUAUGCCCACUCAGUAACAAGCACUGACUGUAAUCCUUUGUUGCUAGUUACCGAGGAAAGUAAAACUCUGCAUGGGUGGAGGUAAGUAAAGAAAAGCAAGUGUAUAUUCUUCCUCCUAUUGUGCUACCCAUGUAUUUCGGUAGGAACAGGAAGUGGAGAUCUAAGGAGCCUUCUCACAGGACAUCCCAUCAAACUUCAAGUGAGCACCUUCCUUUUUAAGUGGUUGGUGAUGGCAUUCAUUCACUUGCAGAUGGGUUGUCUGCAAUAAGUAGGGUUGACAAUGAGUUCUGUGAGCAUCUUCUUAAACCAAUGUCUCACUAUUUCUUUUUUGAAAUGCUAGGACUGGACCAGUUUCUUCCCUUGUUUGUGUGUUGUUUGUAUGGUGUUUUUACAUUGCAUGGAACCAGUGGUUAUUCAGCAACGGCUUUACUAGACUUCAAACCAUGUCGAGAAUGAACUUCUAUCACCAGAAAUAGACAUCUCUAACCCCUCUGUGGAAUGCCCAAGAAUCGAACUCGCGGCCACCAAGGUGGUACGCCAACACCAUAUUGACCACACCACUGAGGCGCUUCUUUCCUUGUUCUUACUUUUGCCAAGGUACAUAGAGAAGAAUCAGCCCUGCCUUUUUUCAGUGCCAUACAUGCCAUACAUAAUGUCCAGGUCAUGCAUGUACAGGCAAGAUUCACACGGAAAAGGUUGCUGGUUUCAGCAUCACUUGAUAUGGUAAAGAUCUGUGUGAUUGUGUAAACCCUUUGAUAUUGCCAAGUUUGUCCAGAACUUCCGAUGUACACGUGCACAAUCUCUAGACCACAUAGAGGCAAAUAAAAGUUCACAUAUGAAAAUUUACCUCUUAAUUCCUACAAGGUGGGCUAAAUUAUACAAUAAGAACAUUAAAGUUGGCCAAGUUAAAAAUCAUAUCAGUGGGAAGAGAAAAAUAUGCAAAUACACGAAAAAAAAUAUGAAAAAAUUUCCUGUACCUCACACAGGAAGUUGAAAGUGAAUAUUUCCAACCCUGAGCAGGGCCUCUUUUCCAAGACACUCGUAAACAUGCUAGUUUUAGCAAGUUAUACAUGUUCUUUCUAAUAUUUUUAUUUAUUUUGUAAAAUUACAUUUUCAGUUCACAUAAUAUAACAGAUGAGAAUUAAAAUAAUUUACAAUCCGAGAAUGUUUUAUGGUAAAAGUUUUACAAGAAGUGCUAGAGGGAUGGGGAGUUGUUGUUUCCUUUAGUAAGUUGAAAAUUCUUUCUAAUAUUUUUUGUACUCCACUUUGCACAAUUACAAUUACAGCUGUCGUAAUAUAGUAAAAGAUAAGAACUAAAACCAGCAACAAUCCCCAAGUAUAUUUAAUGGCAAACAUGUGAUGUACUUGGACAGGGAGAUGCUGAAGAUUUGUCCAUGACAUCUCAAAUCACGCUAAUCUCCCUCUAUCCUUAUCCGAGAUGUAAGUUUUGCCAUAUAAUCAGUUAUGGCCCAUACAAGUGAUAGGAAUGUUUUUGCACAAAAUUCAUUCAAAUUUAUGGCAUAAAAUAAUAGUACGAAUACUCAUAUGAGCUCAACCUGAAGUUUCAUAUGCAAUUAUUGACGAUCAAAAGAACCCUGCCUUCAGUUAGGGUUAAUGAUAACCUCUCGGUAUGUUGAUUAACCUUGUGCUCAUAUUUUUGCAGCCUCUUGGGUGUUCUGUAUCAUCGAAGACCCUUGAUGUUUUUCACUAGAGCAUUUCUUCGUAGCUUCUAGUAGUUCAAUUAAAGCAAAUUGUGCAAAAGUCUGUGGGAAUGUGUACUGUGAUGUUGAGUGGUUAAGUCAACCAUUUAAUGAUUCAACAAACACUACCAUGGUAGACUGUUGUGCCAGCAUGUCUUUAGGGUGAAGAGACAACUCAUGCUGCUUUUGAGAAUCUGUUAGGACUUGAGGGCCUUUCUCCUUCAGGGUGCACCCCAGAGGUCAUUUCCAAGUGCUUUGGUUACCACUUGUUUAAAGUGUGUUAGAUCAGGUUAACAGUCGGAUCUGCAGAUUAAGGUUCCCUGCUGGCCAGCAGAUCAAGCAAGCCACUUUCCCAGCCACAUGCCCAAGGAAGCUCUACAUGCACUGACAAAUGCUCUCCCCUAGGAGAAAUUCUGUGAAGAUUACUCCCAUUAGUUAUGGAGUUGGGAGCCAUGGAGUCUGUCUCCAUGGUCUCCCUCCAGGGAGCAUAUUGGUUUGACCAUUGGUUGAACAUGCUGCUGACUUCAUUGUCACUGGAUGUUCAGAUCUGAAGACGAGAAGAAAGUUCCAAAGGUUGGUGGUGUUUGGAGGAAAGGUGUUGACUUUCCUCUCAGACUAGCAGCCUUUGAGUAAAUUUACCCUUGAAAAGGCAUUUCCUUUUGUCUAUGCUCAUCCAACAAGAAGUUUCUGUCAAGAAUAUCCAACCAGAAGUUUCUGUCAAGAAUAUAGUCUCAAUCAAUAGAACAGAUUAGUCUUUGGUUCCUUUACACUUUCCAGUCUGCUUGAGGCCAUUAUGAAGAAUAGGAAUUCUAAUUGCUGGGAAAAUUUUACCCACAAUGCAGUCUCCAUGCUCUUGCACUUCUGAAGGGUACCGUGGCCAAACCUUCAGAGGCCACCAUAACGUCGUCUUUCCAUUAUCAUUAUGGCUUAAGACUCAGGCUAUCUUCCAAUUCAAGAUGAAACCAGUAGUGUUUCUCCCCCUCCCCUCUCUUCCUCGAUUGCCUUGCAAGCUCUGAGCAACUGACUGACCCCCUAUUUCCUUUCUUUCCUCCUCUUUAUGGCACCAGUCAAUCCAAGUAUUUGCUGGACUGGCCAAGAUGCAAGUAGAUUUCACAAUUGGGUAUCAAAUCUUGGAGCUUUAGCUGACAAGGUGUGACUUGCUCUGCUUUCCCUUUUAAUAGUUGGGGGAGGUGGGUGAGUAAAGCUGUCAUCUAAACCAAUUAUGCUUGACCCAGAUACUACCAGUUUUUGUCUGUCUGACCCAUGCUACCCUCUAGGACAGCACUUGCUUCCUGAAGCAUCACCCUGGCUCAUGGCCCUGUCAGUCGUGUACCCUUAUGCCAGAUUGUAAAGGUUACAGGAGUCAUUGCUCCCCAGCUCAUGAUCAUGGGAUUUCCAAGUAGUCUCAACUUGGCAGCCAUGAGAUAACAUCCUUCCACUCGAGUCUCUUAGGCAAGGUUUGUACUUCCUUAGAGACAUGCCAAACUUUUGAAGCAUCUUUUAUUUUUCAUAGGCAUUAUAAUAAUCACUUGAGCCACCCUAUUUUGUCCCUUAUGUUGAAGGAAAAAGUUCUGGCUUACAACAGUUGAGUAGGGGUUUCCCCCUCCCCACCCAGGUCCAAUUACAUACCCACCUUUUUACCAAGUUAUAUUUAAUGUUAGUGAGAGACACUGGUUAGUACCAACCACAUCUUAGUUGAAAUUUCCAUAUCAUUGUAUUUUACCAUGUAUCAUUUAAUCAUUUCAUUGUAUAUUUUAUAUGGAGAGAAUCUUUAUUCAUUUUCUAAGUGUACACUGUUUCAACAUAUAAUUCAUUCCCGAAUGGUUUCAGGGAUGUACAUGUAUUGGUAUGUGGUCUGCCAUAGUGAUUACAGUAUACUGCAAGUUUUCCAGAUGUUAUAUAAGUAUAAGUAGCUUAUUUAAUAAUUGUAUCUUGCAUUUUUGUUGUGUUAGUAAACACAAGUCCAUAUUGAUGUGGUACGCUCAGUUAAGUCCCUUUUUUUUUUUUUUUUUACUUGAAUUGAUAUAUUGGUGUAUAAUGAAUAUCAUUCCUUUGAAAAUUUUUUAACAAAUGUGAUUACUAUAUUUGUACCUAGGGACAGUUUUGAAAAUGUAAUUUAAAUAUUGUGCCAAAAUGCAGUGUUGAUAUAUAUGUACACAUUUUUCUUUGUUCAGAAUUUUUUUCUAUUAAAAUCUAAAAUUUUGAAGAAAACUUUGUGGUUCUUAAUCUCAAAAAUUACAUUUACAACAGUUACCACUACGCCCAAUUAUUUAACAUACAGCAAUAGGAGAGAUAAAAUGCAUUUAACAAUGUAAUAUUUUACUGUCCAAUAACUUUGACUUGGGUAGAAUUUAGAAACUGCACAAUAUAAUGUACACAUUGUAAUAAUAACUUGGACAUAAAACACA